AAUUUUUUUUUUAGAAUUUUUAAGCGGUCUUUACUGUCAGAGUGUUUGAAGGAAAUCUUUAUAUGAAAGGAAAAAUAUGAAUGACAUUAAAAACACACUCACAGUCUCAUUAUUUAAACUUCAAACCCAGCAGCCAAUCGCUGGGAAGACUUUGCCCCAGCACAGACUCCGCCCCCUGUUUGAACAGUCUGAGGCUUUCACUUGUAGCGUGUGCUCUGAGGUUUGUAGUCAGACAGAAGCUAAAACAGAAACAGAGGGCGAGUCAGUGAAAAGCCACGACAGGAAGAGAGAAUAACGCCAGGUCCUGAGGAAACGCUCGACUGUUCGCAGAGAGAGACCGUCUGGACUAGCGCCUCCACGGUGGUUGAACGCAGGAACAAGUUGUUUUUUUUUUUGCAGGUAUUUUGUGAAGUUUCCUUCAGUAAAGAAGAAGAAGACUUUUUUUUAUUUUUCUGUUGAGGUUUUUAGCUCGUGGUUGGAUCACAGAGAGCAACCUGAACUUUAUGGUCUGUUUGAUCAGCAUUUAAAUAUGCAAACACACCAGUGAGGAGACCGGGUUUUCCUGCUCGUAAAUGGACCAAACUCUCCAGUCGGCACCGACGAUGUACAACAGCAGCCACUACGCGAGCUGCAACAAGAGCGACGACUUCAAGUACCCCAUGUACAACGUCGUCUUCAGCCUGGUCUUUGUGAUUGGACUCAUUUUCAACAUGGUGGCCGUCUACAUCUUUGGCUGCACGCUGAAGAUUCGGAACGAGACCACGACCUACAUGAUCAACCUGGUGGUCUCGGACUCCUUCUUUGUGCUCAGUCUGCCUUUUCGGAUCGUUUACUUCAUCAGACGUGAAUGGAUGUUCGGCAGCGUGCUCUGCAAGAUCUCGGUGGCGCUGUUCUACACCAACAUGUACGGCAGCAUCCUCUUCCUCACCUGCAUCAGUGUGGACCGUUUCCUGGCCAUCGUGCAUCCCUUCAGGUCGCAGGUGAUCCGGAACAAAAGGAACGCCAAGCUGGCCUGCUGCCUGGUGUGGGUCAUGAUCCUCUCCGGCAGCAUUCCCACCGGCCUACUGCUGGACACCACGUCGCCCAAGAACGACAACGCUUCGAAGUAUUACUGCUUCGAAAACUACUCCAAAAAACAGUGGAAAGCAGAGCUGUCCAAGGUGGUGAUCUUCAUCGAGACGGUGGGCUUCAUCAUCCCCUUGCUGCUCAACGUCUUCUGCUCCAUCAUGGUGCUGCGGACGCUGAGGCGGCCGCAGACCGUCAGCCGCGGGGGCGUUCUCAACAAAACCAAAAUCCUGCGGAUGGUCUUCGUGCACUUGUUCGUCUUCUGCUUCUGUUUCAUUCCCUACAACGUCAACCUGAUCUUCUACGCCCUGGUGCGCUCCAACAUCUUGAAAGGAUGCUACGCCGAGUCCGUGGUCAGGACCAUCUACCCCAUCGCCCUGUGCCUGGCGGUGACCAACUGCUGCUUCGACCCGGUCAUUUACUACUUCACCUCGGAGAGCAUUCAGACCUCCAUCAAGCGUAAAUCCACGGUGUGGCACAACGGCGCCAGGCUGAUGGACCGCCUGCAGAUGGACAGCACGCAGAGCAGCCCCAGUACGACCCCCAGAACACUGACCCUGAAGACCCUGAGAACCAAGAUGUUCUCCACGGAGUCCAAGGUCUAAAGACCGCCAGCAGGUGAUGUGUUUUUGUUUAUACUGAUUCAGUAUUGUUGGAGAUACUUGGACUGGAGACUGAAGAGACUUUGAAUGAGAUCAAAGACGUCGGUUCUUCAGUGAUGAACUGAGAUCGGACUCUUUACGAUGUCAAUGAUUUUAUUAUAGAAACUGCAGAGGUGGAAGGAUUUUUUUUAACACACCCGGUGCUGCGAACACCCGUUUGUUUCUCCACGUUUUCUUUUUUUUGUUUUCUUAUUUUGAAACUGCCCAGAUGAGUGACAAAGAGCCAGUAUUCCAGUCUCCGUACACGUCCUGUGCUGUGUCUUUUCACAGCGGCUUUAAAGCACUUUAAAUUGACGCCGUGUCGGGUCAACGGUUGAAAUGAAAACGAAAAUAAAAUGAUAACCUGCUAA